AUGACCGUGAACGUCUUUGCCGUACCCGUUUUCUUCGUGGUCUUCCGGGAGACACUGGAAACUGUGGUCGUCAUGUCAGUGCUUCUUGCUUUCUUGAAACAAACCCUCGACGGUCCAAAUCGAGAUCUUCCAACUUACAAAAAGCUGGUCCGGCAGGUUUGGCUUGGCACCUUGAUAGGCUUUGGAAUCGUUAUGGUCAUCGGAGGCGCCAUCAUUGGAGUCUUUUAUCGCUUCGGAAAGAACAAGUGGGCUAAGGCGGAAUAUAUCUGGGAAGGAAGUUUUGCCAUUUUCGCCAGUAUACUCAUCACCUUAGUUGGUGCUGCCCUCCUUCGCGUGGCCAAGAUGCAGGAGAAGUGGCGUGUUAAGCUUGCCAAACAGGUAGAAUAUGGACCAAUGGCUAAGCUCGGCUGCUGGGCUGCGUUUGGACUCUGGUGUGAGAAGUAUGCAAUGUUCGUUGUGCCGUUCGUUACCGUUCUCCGAGAAGGUCUUGAGGGCGUGGUCUUCGUCGCUGGUGUAUCAUUCUCGGUGCCAGCCACUGCAGUACCUAUCCCUGUCGUCAUGGGUCUGGUUGCUGGAAGCGUCGUCGGAUAUUUGAUCUAUAAGGGUGGUGCCUCGUCCAGGCUCCAGCUCUUUUUGGUUGUCUCGACCUGCUUCCUCUAUCUCGUCGCUGCCAGUCUCUUCUCCAGAGGCGUGUGGUAUUUGGAAGCAAACAAAUGGAACCAGAUAGUUGGAAGUGAUGCCGCGGAACUCGGAGCCGGAGCUGGUUCUUAUGACAUAGACCAAAGUGUCUGGCACGUCAACUUCGGCAAUCCAGAGAUCAAUGGUGGCGGAGGAUGGGGUAUAUUCAAUGCAAUCCUCGGAUGGCAGAACUCGGCCACCUAUGGUUCGGUCAUAUCGUACAACUUGUACUGGCUCUCUGUCAUCAUCGGUUUCUUGCUUUUGCGAUACCAUGAGAACACUGGCCACCUUCCCUUCAUGAAGAGCAAAACCCCUGACCACCAAAAAGUCGAGGUCUCUAGCGUAGAGAAUGCGAGCGGCACUAGCAGUGGUAUCUUUGACACAAGAGGAAUAUCCUCCCAAACAGACCCCGAGAAGGCGAUUGCAACUGUUCAGGCCUUGCCUGCCAGAACCAAUUCAGAGUGA